AAUAAAGCCCGGCCGGGGGCAGCGCGGAGGCUGCUGCGGGAAUCUGUGCCCGGACCCUGGGGGGGGACAGGGCAGAGGGGACCCCGGAUGCUGUCAGAGAGCGGGUGAGAGCGAAAACAUUCAAACAACCGGGACCACGGGAAGGGUCGAGACAUUGCAUCUGCCAGGAUUUUCAUGUAGGCAAGGAAAAUUCCCACUGGCACAGACAGUGUCCCCUGGGGCCUUGUCCCCAGCACGGCCUCAGGUCCCCCCAGCUUCAUCUGGGGACAGGAGACAGCUGGGGGGUCACUGUCCCCUCUGAACCCGGCUGGAAAAGCACAAACUCCACUGGGACACCGAGCAGGAGGCUGGGAGCCGGUGCCAUCCCGUGGGUGCCAGAGCUGGACCCACGCUGGGUAUUUUUAAACGCAGCUCCUGGCGGGUGUCGGCUUUCUUGGUGCCCGAGAGAGCUUCCCAGAUUUGGCUGGGGGAAUCCAGGGGCUCUGGCAGCAGGGCCGUGCCAGGACCGUGGCCGGGGGCCAGUGCAGUGUGACCUUUAAAGGUCUGCGAGAUGAAUUACAUUAUCGUCUUGCCAUUGGGGUCACUUCUGGCUUGGCUUUCAGCUGGACACAGGACUCCAGCUGUCUUAUGUCUCACCAGAUCCAGCCCCGGGGGGCUCCAGGGACAGAGGGUGGGCUCCUCUCCCCCUCACCUGGAGGGCUGCCUGCACUGAAGUUCCCAAAAAUCCCCAAAAGGGGUUACAGGGGAAGCGGGAUCCUCAAACCCCAGUUCAGCCCCGACUCUGGCUUCCCUUGGCCAGCCCUAGGGCUUGGGAAUCUGCUGGUCACAUUCCUCCCUCAUUCCCUUUCGGGGGCUUUUGCUAAGCCAGCGUUUUGGGGAAUGUCCUUUGCACCCAUUGGCUGUGCCGUGACCUUUCCCAGGGACAGUGGUGGCCGCCACCAGACAGCCAGUGGCCAUGGGGGUCCAGUUCCAGCACGAGGGGAAGCCUGGGGAAGUUCCCACGCUUCCAACCCCGUGUCCAUCCUCGGCCUGGAUGAGGGAGGGGCGGCAUCGGGGUCCCCUCUGACGCGUCUCUCUCCCCGCAGAGAUGCCCUGCAUCCAGGCACAGUGCAGCACCACGGGCGCCGGCCCCUGUGAGCGCUGCCCGGCCGAACUGCUCUGCCCCGAGGGCGGCCGAUUCCCCAUGGAAGUGGCUGGAGCCGAUCUGGCGGCCGCCCCCGCCCUGCCCAGCUUCAGCACCUUCAUGGAGGGCUACGCCGGCGAGUUUGACGCCUUCCUCUACCAGCUGCCAGCCAGCGGCCAGUCCAGCGCCGCCACCGCCUUCAAGCUGGAGGACUUCCAGGUGUACGGCUGCUAUCCCAGCGCCUUCGGUGGGCAGCCGGACGAGACCCUCUCCUCCAGUGGCUCGGACUGCUACGGGAGCCCCUGCUCCAUCCCCUCGCCCGCCACGCCGGGCUUCCAGCCCCCACAGGCCCCGGGCUGGGAGGGCUCCUUCGGGGCGUACUCACCGCUGCCAAACUACGAGGGUGGGCAGUCCUGGGCUGAGCCAGCCAAGGGCGGGGGGUCACAGCCCCCCUUCUUCGCCUUCGGCCCCCCGACCCCCAGCCCUGGGGGAUCUCCUGCCACCCUGAAGGGGCAGCCGGGCCCCUCUCCCCGUGUGGAUCCGCGGCUGCUGGACACGGACGCCUUUCCCCAAGGUCCUCCCAGGGGUUUUGCGGGGCUGCCCCUGGCCCCCAGCUCACCGCUGCUGGAGGGGCCAGCGCUGGCUCCCAGCAAGGUGCGCAGCCCCGGGGCAGGUGAGGGCCGCUGCGCCGUCUGCGGGGACAACGCGUCCUGCCAGCACUACGGGGUGCGCACCUGCGAGGGCUGCAAGGGCUUCUUCAAGCGCACAGUGCAGAAGAAUGCCAAGUACAUCUGCCUGGCCAACAAGGAUUGCCCUGUGGACAAGCGGCGCAGGAACCGCUGCCAGUUCUGCCGCUUCCAGAAGUGCCUGGCCGUCGGAAUGGUCAAAGAAGUGGUCCGGACUGACAGCCUGAAGGGGCGGCGGGGCCGUCUCCCCUCCAAGCCCAAACAGCCGCCAGAUGCGUCCCCGGUCAGCCUCAUCACCUCGCUGGUGCGGGCACACAUCGACUCCAUCCCCAGUGCCACCAAGCUCGACUACUCCAAGUUCCAGGAGUCAGCACCGUGCCCGUUUGAGAAGGAGGACUCAGUGGACGUGCAGCAGUUCUAUGACCUGCUCACCGGCUCCAUGGACAUCAUCCGCAAGUGGGCCGAGAAGAUCCAGGGGUUCACCGAGCUGCCCAAGGAGGACCAGGACCUCCUGCUGGAGUCAGCCUUCCUGGAGCUCUUCAUCCUGCGCCUGGCGUACCGCUCCAAGCCAGAGGAAGGGAAACUCAUCUUCUGCAACGGGGUGGUGCUGCACCGGCAGCAGUGCGUGCGUGGCUUCGGAGAGUGGAUUGACGCCAUCCUCGAGUUCUCCCAGAGCCUUCACCGCAUGAGCGUCGAUGUCCCCUCCUUCUCCUGCCUCGCUGCCCUCGUCAUCAUCACAGACCGGCACGGGCUGAAGGAGCCCAAGCGGGUGGAGGAGCUGCAGAACCGCAUCGUGGGCUGCCUCAAGGACCACGUGGCAGCAGCAGGGGCCGAGCCCGGCCGCUCCAGCUGCCUCUCCAAGCUGCUGGGGAAGCUGCCGGAGCUGCGCAGCCUCUGCACCCAGGGCCUCCAGCGCAUUUUCUACCUCAAGCUGGAGGACCUUGUGCCACCACCACCCAUCGUCGACAAGAUCUUCAUGGACACUCUGCCUUUCUGAGUCCCAGGCAAGGGGCUGCCAUGAGCCCCUGACCCGCCUGGGGACAUCUGGGACCCGCCCAGGGCAGCCCUGGUUCAGUCCGAGGAUGCCUGGGAACCCUCUGGGCACCUCUGGGUCACCCCUGGGAUGCCUGGAACAUCCCCUGGGUAUCAACCCUGGGAUGUUUGGCACCCCUCCAGGGUGACCCUCAGAAUGCCCAGAAACCACCUGGGCAUCCCUGGAUCGCUCCCAGGAUGCCUGGAACCUGCCCUGGUCACUCCUGGAUCACUCCUGGGAUGCUCAGGACCACCCUGUGGACUCCUGAAUGACCUCUGGGACACCUGGGACCCCCUCCAGGCCAUCCCCAAGACUCUACGUACACCCCUGGAUCACCCCCAGAACACCUGGAACCCUCUCUUGAAUCACCCAGAAUGCCUGGGACCUCCCUCUUUGGGUCACCCCCAAAACUCCAGGGUCCCUGCUAGGCACCUCUGGAUCACCCCGAUAGCUUGGACCACCCCCCCUGCCCGGGUCACCCACAGGAUGCCUGGGACCCCCUGGGCACCCCUCCAUUGCUCCUGGGAUGCCUGGGACCACCUCUGCAUCACUCCAGGGAUGCCUGGGAUCCCCUCUGGAAAUCUGGGUCCCCCCUCAGAUGCCUGAGUCUUCUUGAGGGCACCCUUGGGGUGCCCCGUGUGCCUUCACGGCCCAGGGCGCAGCCACACAGCGGCCCCGGUGCCGUCUUCCCCGGGGGCAUCGCCAGAGCGGUGCCCCCUUCCCCUGUAAAAAUGCCCCUGAUGUAAAUAGCGCCGGCCGGGUCCUGUACAGAGUGGGGGGCGCGGGCGAGAGGCGGCUCCGGCCCCUUCAACCUCGGCCCCUUCCCCUUUAUAUAUAUUUUUCUGAGUUUCCGUCUUUUUGGCCAUUUUCUGUAUAUAAACUUGUACGUACAGUGAGA